AUGUCAGCGCCCGCCUGGCUCGUCACCGGCGCCUCCAACGGCUUGGGCCUCGCCCUGGUCCUCCACAUCCUCGAGCGCGGCCACAAAGCCACCGGCUCGGUUCGCACCAAGGCCAAGUCCGCCUCGGCCGUCGAGCAGAUUGAGGCCAAAGGCGGGUCCGUCGUCGAGAUGGACAUGACCGAGUCCAAGGAGAGCAUCACCGCCAAGGUCCAGGCACUGGGCCGCAUCGACUAUCUCGUCAACAACGCAGGGUACUCUAUUCUCGCUCCCUGCGAAGAGGUCACCGACAAGGAUGCCCACCUGCAGCUCAACACCAACUUCUUCGGCCCUCUUUAUGUGAUGCAGGCCGCUCUCCCCACCAUGCGCGACGCGAAAUCCGGCUCCAUCAUCAACGUCUCCAGCGUCGCCGCCAGGGACCCCAUGGCCGCCUGCUCCCUCUACGCCGCCUCCAAGGCUGCUCUCGAGGCGGCGUCCGAGUCGCUCGCCAAGGAGGUCGCCCCCCACAACAUCCGUGUCCUCAUCGUCGAGCCCGGGAACUUCCGCACAAACUUUGUCAGCGCUCUCUCUGACAUGAGCCCCGAGGUGGAAUCCGUGCCCAAGCACUAUGACGACCCUGUCGGCGUCAUCCUGCGCAAAUUCCUCACGGUCCACGGCAAGCAGAUCGGCAACCCCGCCGAGGGCGUCUCGCGCAUCUUCGAGGCCGCCACCGGCCAGGAAGGUCCUGCUGGUCCCCUGAACGGCAAGGUCUUGCGUCUGGUCCUCGGCUCUGACGCCCUGCGGCGCAUCAAGGUGUGGAACGAGAACUGGGCCAAGGAAUUGAGCUUGCAAGAGGACAGUGCCGUGAGCACCGACUUUAAGGAGUAG